AUGGAAGAUGUUGUUAUGAACGAUGGAGACUGGGCAAUUCAAGACUGGGUAAUGGCCGACGCCAAGGGUAUGUUCCUGAAUCUCGAGUGCUGCUAUGAGCGUGAUCAGGGUACUGAUUUCUCGAUUGAUCCAGCUCUUGGCCUUUGGCCCGACUCCAACCCCAUCGCGGAAAUCUCUCGGGGUCUUAUCGUGUCUGAUGGGACCUACUUUGAAUUGGACCAGAUGAAGGAUGACUCGAUUGAUCCAAAUCUUGGUCUUUGGCCCUCUACCUCCCAACCGAUCUCUGAUUUCCCUCUCCAUGACGAGCUCGUCCCUGCCAAUUACCUGGGGACCGCACCUCCAACUGAGCAGAAGUCUCUAACCCUAUUUUCAUCUCUCGAAGCAGCUCAAGCUGCCGUGCGUCGUAAAGUGCCGGUUAUCACCGAUCAAACUCUCCCCCAGACCACUGAGGAACAUCAGCGCCUGAUCGUCGACCUCAAGAAGGCAAUGCUAUCCACCACAUAUGUUACAGAUAAUGACAAGGCCAAAAAGGCUUUUUCCAACGGCCAGUACAGCGACCAAGAGAUCGAGUUGGCUUGCUGGAGCCUCCUUGUGAGUUUACCUGUACCCCACUCGUCGAAUUGA